UGAAGUUACCUCCCUUGUUCUGGAGAAGGCAGACAAGAUAGGAGAUGCCAAGUAUGAAGUGUUACAAGGUUUUGGGGAGCCUUGGCAUAAGAUGGUUUUAGGAGUGAGAAACUAUGAAGAGUGGUGUGGCCUGGGCAGGACCUGCCUCCACAUGGGGAGACAGCAGCUAUCCAGCAGGGUUAGCCAACUAUGACCCCCUUACCACCAUCACCAUGCUUCAUUGCUCACCCCCAACCCCUACAGCUCCUGUUGUUAAGAUCUAUGCUCUCCAGUAAAGGCUACACCAGAUUUAGAUUCAAUUAGGAUUAAGUUCUCUUCAUCUGGUGUGCAAUUUUGAGCAACUGUCUUCAUUUCUCUCUCUUUCUCUUUCUCUCUCUCUCGCCUCCAGGGUUAUUCCUGGGGCUCAGUGCUGGCACUACAAAUUCACUGCUCCUAGUGGUAUUUUUUCUUUCUUUUUCUUUUUUCCAUUUUAUUGGAUAAGACAGAUAAAAAUUGAGGGAUGAGGGGGAGAUAAAGACAGAGGUAAAGAUAGACACCUGCAGACCUGUUUCAUUGAUCAUGAAGUGUCCCUGCUGCAGGUAGGGAGUGGAAGCUAGAACAAUCUGGAUCUUUUCACAGGUCAUUGUGCUUAGUACUAUGUGUUCUUAACUGGAUGCAUCACCUACUGGCCCCCUAUCAAGUUUGAGAGUCCAUUACUUUAUCCAAUCUUACCACCACUCCCAUUGACUGGCCCCCUCUCCAUUUCUCCAUUUCUCUGAACCAGAGUUUCCUCAUUCUGAAUACAGCAAAGCAGUAGCAUCAUCUCUUGAGGUUGUUAGGAUCUGAAGAGAGAAUGUAGUGGGGCACUGUCUUGUGUACUCUUUAGUGCCGUGAACAUAAUUUAUUGUUUCUCAUCUUUUUUUGGGGCCUGCUGUUCAGGAUGGGGCCAGUCAGAACCAAGACUUUAUGGUGCCUCAAUGCAGCCCUGUCCUGUUGGAUUGAGCUUGGACCAUGGGACAGUGGAGCCUGAGCCCAUGGCAAGUGCCAUUUUUGUUUUCUUUCCUUCAGGUGGUGUGGCCCAGACAUUUGUCUUUCCUAGUAUUUAAUCUUGUGGGCCUCAUCCCAAAGUAUCAAAAAGAGUGCCCCAAUUAAAAAUAAGGGGGGGGGACUCACUGUGAUAAAAAGCUCUUCUCUCAGGGUGGCUUCCAGAUAGGCCCAUUCACUUUGUAGCCUGAGCAAUGGAAGCACGAAGAGGGACAGCACAGAACUGAAAGGAGGUGUGUACUAUAGGGCAAGGGGCAAAAUCAGUGAGGGAGUGGAAACUAUGGCUUUUCUGGCUCACUUGUUUUGCUUCUGAACAUCCCCAAGACACUAACCUUCAGAAACUUGGUGUAUACUUCCUGGGUGUCCCUCAUUCCCACUAAUGACAGUGUGGGAGGUCCAGUGCUGGGGUGAGAUCAAGGAGGACAAGAGCUACCUGGUCUCUGAGAGCCUCUUUUGAAACUCUUUGCUCUUAGAAACCGACUGUUCCUCUCUUCUGGACCCCAGGUCAGUGCAACAGUUUCUCCAUGACCAGUAACAAGAGCCAUUCCCAGGGGAAUGACUUUUCCUGGAAUGAUCUCACCAAUGCCCUGUCUCUAGCCAACAUGAUCCUGGGGAUCUGCUCUAUCUUCUGCACCCUCUGCAAGAAACCCAACUGUGCCUGCUGGAUGCUUCUUAUCAGCUUCCUGCUUGACAUAGCAGUGGGGGCAAUAGCCAGACAGCUCAGCAUCUGCUCCAAAUCAGGAGUGGAGCUGAGUGACUUUGCUGCCUUCACCACCUUUGGCUUGGCCUCUGCCCUGCUUAUAGGUGUGGAUGGACCUCUGAAUGGCUUCUUGGCCACCAUCUAUGUGUUGGCAAUUUCUUUCCGCCUGUGUUUUUAUUCAUCUGGUGAGUGGAAUCCAGAUGUGCCCUUCACACACAAGGGUUUACCCUGCCCCUAUGCAUCCUGUGUUUUGGCUUCCACCUCCCUUCUGACCAAAGGCAACACAUUUGUUCUUUCUUGCAUGGCUUCACUCAUGAUUCUAUUUAUGAUGGAUCAGAGUUACUACCCACAUGAUAAAAUCCUGGAGUCUGAGAACUGGAAAAAAAUGGUUUAUUUGGGAGGAAUCGUCUUGCUGUUUUUGUCUCCGUUCUCACUAACUCCUUUUUACUGCCUGCUGUGGUCACUCUCCUACAUCUUCUUUCCAGAUGUUCUAUGGGGCCAGGCAGCAUGCUACAGACUGCAGCAUUGAAGAAAGUAAAUGCUCUCUCAAUUUCCACUGGCUUCCUGUGGGAGUUGUAUCACCAUGAUGGGCCAAGCCUUACUGAAUAUUCACUAAACCUUUACUUGUCCCUG